UUCCAUUUCCAGCUUGCUUUCUAUUGUUGCUUUUACAGUACCAGCGAUCAUCAAACGUCGAUCAAUCGCUGGAACGCUCCGGGAACUUAGUCUCCUUUCAUGCUAGCAACGGUGGAACUGAAUACUGCAUGUGAAUGUGUGCAUGAAUGUCUAUUUAGAAGGUGAAAUCGAUUGUCAUAGAAUUUGUGAUGCUUUCGAAGGAGUGAAAGAGGAGGGGAUCUGAUUAUUGCGUCGAUCAUACCUCGAUUCAGGUGUUUCGAGUUCUUUUGAAGAAGGAUUGUCGGCGUGAGAGUGCGUUGAGUUGAGAUCAUGGCGAAGUCCGCCGCCGCCGUGGUGAUAUGUGUGCUUUUCUUGGGGGUGUUCAUGGGGACUCCUGCUGUGGCGAGCAGGAAGAUGUGCAAAGGAGCGGUUUCCCUCGCCAUUCGUGCGCUUUGCAUUCCUACGACAGAGUCGUUGUUCAUGAAGCACGAUGGGAAGCACUCGUGCGCGUAUAAUUUGACUAACGGUGACAGAGCUGUUGGUGUGGCGUAUAACUUGGAUGAUGACGUAGAGUCUCGCCGGUCUGAGCUUACUGCUGUUUUUGCUGACUACGACAAGGUUUACGAAGGGAAAGACUGCCUGAACACAAUCCAGAUUAGUGCCCUGCUCACUUUAGAUGCUAAACGUGCCCUUGAUAGAGCUGCCAAAAGCGUUAAGUCCUUAGACGACCAGUGCUGCGACGUCAUGGCCGUUUUUGGCGACAUCCAACACUCUGGAGGCAAGGACGUGUACCAGGAAAAUGCGUUUGAUGACUUCAUUGAAGCUGUGAGUGCCAAGAAAUGGGAGAAGGGAGUCGAGUUGCUGGAUAGAACCAGGUGGUGCAAUGACAACAAAGAUAGAUGUGAUGACGAUAAAAAGAUCAUCUCUGAAGGUUGCAAGGGUACAUUCGCCACUGGAGUCAUUGCUCAGGUCACCGACGCUCUGAAAGCUUAGAUUCACGACAAGUGAAGGUCCACGUUGAGAAACAUAUAUGCAUACAUAGAGGAAUAUGCUUUCAACUGUAGAGGCGACGCAUCAAUUUUGAUAAAUUAUGAAAGAUAAAGCACUAUGUCGGAUACGCGUCAUAGCCCUGUAGCUGAACUUCCCUCUGGCUUUGAAGGGGAAGUCUUUUGUGGAGAGUUACGUGUUUCCAUAGACAAGCCGCUUUAUGCGAAUAUACAAGAUUUUCAUAAUAACCAAUCCAGGUGAUGCUUACAAGAGUUGUAAAUCCUAAUAAAGUUGUGUAUAUAUUAAAAUCUUAA